UCCGUGCCUUUCCCAUACUCUGUGGCAGUUCACAUUCAUUUAUUUAUUUUCUUUUCAUAAACCUUUCAACAAAAAGGUUUUUAUUACUUCACGUCUCUCGAAAACUGAAACCCCAUAAUUGUAUCCGGUUUGUUGGUUAAUGAAACGGUGAAGAUGGGUGUUGAUCUCGAAUCUUUAUCGGAAGCAACUUCAGGUGCUAUAGGAUCACUGUUGAGCACAACGAUUUUGUACCCGCUUGACACGUGUAAGACCAAGUACCAGGCUGAGGUCAAAGCUCACGGCCAGCAGAAAUACAGGAAUCUCUCAGAUGUUUUUUGGGAAGCAAUAUCUACUGGUCAGGUCGCUUCCUUAUACCAGGGUCUAGGGACGAAAAACCUGCAGUCGUUUAUGUCGCAGUUUGUCUACUUCUAUGGUUACAGCUAUUUCAAAAGAUUAUAUGUGGAAAAGAGUGGUUCUAAAUCAAUUGGGACAAAAGCAAACUUGAUUAUUGCUGCUACUGCUGGGGCUUGCACUGCCAUUUUGACUCAGCCCUUGGAUACAGCCUCGUCAAGGAUGCAGACAAGUGCCUUUGGAAAAUCCAAAGGGCUCUUAAAGACACUAUCAGAAGGUACUUGGAAUGAUGCUUUUGAUGGCCUUGGCAUCUCUCUUUUGCUAACCUCAAAUCCUGCCAUUCAGUAUACAGUGUUCGAUCAGCUGAAACGACGACUCUUGAAAGGAGAACAGAAGGGUUCAUCUCCACUGGCCCUCUCUGCCUUCAUGGCUUUUGCGCUAGGUGCUCUUUCAAAGAGCAUUGCUACCGUUAUAACAUAUCCUGCAAUCAGGUGUAAGGUAAUGAUUCAAGCUGCAGACUCAACAGAUGAUGGAACUAAGAAAACUCAGCCAAGAUCCCGCAAAACAUUGGCUGGAGUUAUUUACGCUAUCUGGAAAAGAGAAGGGCCUCUGGGCUUCUUCAAGGGAUUGCAUGCCCAGAUCUUGAAGACUGUUCUGAGCUCGGCGUUGCUUUUGAUGAUCAAGGAGAAAAUUAGUGCCGCCACCUGGGUUCUGAUACUCGCAACCAGAAGGUAUCUCUUACUGAGCAGGGGUAGAUUGAAAAGUGCUUGAUUGUGAGAACAUUGUCCCAUGUAUAUAACUAUCGCCACAAUAGAAGAAGAAACAAAUUUAUUUUAAAGCCGUGAGUCUAAAUUCUUAGAGAGGAAGCUGAAAUUAAGGCGAAUAAAUUCAGUUUUGGUUGGUCAGUUAUCAAGAAUUAAGCUGCUGCCAACCAUCUUCUGUUGCAUUUUCAGGACAGAUGUUUCUGUAAGAGCAAUAAUGUGCCUAAUAGUUGUACAAUUUUAUGAUUUGUAUUAUUCAUAACAUAUUAUUUCAGAGAUCAAGUUAAAUUUAUCAUCUCCAUUGGGAUUGUUUUGCUUC